GAGAAACCCGAAGAGGCCAGGAGAGAGGGGAAAUGUGUUUUCGCGUGCAAGCAUCGACGACGUCGUUGCAGCAUGCGGCGCGACCAAUGCUUCGUCCUGGCGCACAAUUCUGCACCGGCAUCCUUCGAUGGCGAUCGAUUGGACUGCACCUGUCAGUUUGCGGAAGGAAUGGCUCGCUUCGUCAGCGCUGGAAGGGGAGGAGUUUCUACGGCGAACGAUUUUCCCUGAGCAGUGGGAGAGAGAGAGUGUGUGUGAGAGAGCACUGGAUGAAUGAGCCCCCCGUCAUCAUCAAUCUUUGUUGCAUGAGACGAUGCGACGGCAACGCGAUGUAUCAGAGAAUUCCAUACAAACGAUGAUGAUGAUGACGAUUAUGACGAUGCCGACGACGAUGGAUUGGCGAUACUGGCAGUUGCGGAGGGGGGGCUUCUUACGAGUGGGAGUUUUCAGGCAAUGGGUAACUACAGUUGGGUGGUCGACGAGUGCAUCUCUUCUGGGAAAGACUGUCAGAUUGUUACCUUUUUGCUCUUGCUGUGACGUUGCGCUCGGCAUUUAUGAGUUGCGUUGGUUGCAUUUGGGACCUGCAUUGCUGCUGUCGCUCGUUACGAAUUGUUUUCGUUCGUGGUGGGCUUGUUGUCCCGUGAUUCGGAGCCGACGGGUUUUGGGGUUUAUAUUUUUUUGAUGUAGAGUUCGAGGGAGAGAAUUGAGAGAAUUGUUUCUGAGGUCUGAAGGAUCAUUAAAUUGGUGCUUUCCUUGAGUCAUGGAGGGAGUAUUGUCAUGGCCCGUGUUAGGCGCAACUUUCUUCUGCGAUGUGAUCGCCUUUGCGCUAGCAUUGGGCGCGAUGUACACGCAGAGUAAGGUCCCACCGAUCUAUGCUGAAUCGGGUUACCUUAUUUGUGUUUACCCAAGAGAUACUUCAACUGGGCUGGCUGCAGGGUCCAUUGUCUCUCUUUUCGUUGCUCAGAUAUUGAUCUCCGUUUACACGAGGUGUUUCUGUUUUGGAAAACCUGAUAAGGAAGAGAAUUAUUGUAAAUUUAUUGUACUUAUCCUCUUUACAUCUUCUUGGAUUAUGUUCCUAGUUGCUGAGACAUUUCUAAAUGGGGGUGCAAUAAUGAACAAUAUUCGAUCCAAAGUGCACGUAAACAGAGGAGACACAACUCAACAUGAGGAUUAUUGCAUGCAAUUGAAGAAACUCAUUUCCACUUGGGGGGCAAUGUUCACAUUUUUUACUAUGUUUUUCAACAUUCUAUAUUAUGUUCUGAAAAUUGCGGUUGAAAAGAAAGAAAAACGUUAUAAUGCAUGGCUAGAAGGAACUGACAUGUAGGCAUGUAGGCAUGUAGGUAUGCUUCAAUUACAAAAAAAACAUAUCAUGAAUUAUCAGCGGCAUGAGAUGCAAUCAUAGCCUGUUUUUCAUCGACUUAAAAAUUCAGGAGGGAACGAACCUCUGCACUGUAAUUAACUAACUACAUGUAUCUGCAGAACGCCUUGCUUUACUGCUGGACAUGCUGGCCCUAGCUCUUUCGUCGUCUUCAUCCAAGAAACUCUCCACCCAUCUGGCCAAAAGUAGAGCGUGGUAAAAGCGGAAGACGCCAACUGAUGAUCCUAAAAAAUGAAGCUGAAAUCUGAUCUGCCUCUUCAUCAUUCCAUGCAUGCAGAGCAAUUUAAUUUAUGUCUGGACUGAAAUCCAAAUGUAUGAGUUCCACCCACGGAUACAACUAGCAAUGUUACGAUCUAAACCAUACCUGUCGGUCCCGGGAGUGGGGGUUAUCAGUAAUGUUGCUUUCUCCUGCAGUUCUUUCUGCAGAUCCAAUGCUGCAGCAUCUACGGCAGUGAUGUAAGGUCGAAGAUUCACCAUUUUCAUUUCUGACACGCAUUCUCCCAUAGCUUCUAAUACCUGACGGUAAUGUGGAUACAAGUUGGAGAAACAUUCAUCAGAGACUCAACAUUCACUUUCAGAAUACAAGGUUCAGGAGAAGCCCAUUUGCCAACCUUGUAAACUACAUUCAUCAGUUCUGUACUCGAACAAGGUCUGCAUAUCAUCGUGCGGAAUGCAAUACAUACCUUGAUCGCUUCUCCAGCAGGGCGAGUCAUAGGGCGAGUCGUAGGGCGAGAUGGAAGUUGACGUAUAUUAACAGGGCACUGAAUCUCUGAUCGAAGACAGCCAUCCAUGGCCAACACUACAUACACAUUUUGAUGUUUCGUAGCUUUUCCAAAAUUGGUCUUUGCACUUAGGGCAGCAUGGGAGUAUAAUUGAGAGGAUUGUGGCGUUGCGCUUGUGGCGCUUAGAUUUCUGGAGAAACUGGACGAUUGAAUUGUGGUUAAGAUCGAGGAGAGGAUUGGAGUGCAAUUUUUGGAACUUAGUAGGAUUCAGGGAUUACAUGCACACGCAUGGCGUUCUCCGGGUAUCACCAGUGCAAGUGGCUAGCAGGGAUGUACUUCUUUCAGAUUAUCGAAGAGCGUAGCCAACAGUAUCAUGUUUAUGUACAGUUUGUCAUUAAUACGGGUCAGUUAUUUUGGACUUUUCAAGUUUACCAACUAA